ACUUUAGGAUGGCCCGUACUAUGGAACCACUGGCAAAGAAGAUCUUUCAAGGAGUUUUAGUAGCUGAACUUAUGGGUAUUUUUGGAGCUUAUUUUUUGUUGAAUAAAAUGAACACAAGCCAAGUUUUUAGACAAACAAUGAACAAGAAAUUUCCCUUCAUCUUGGAAGUUUAUUACAAAUCCAUCGAACAAUCUGGAAUGUAUGGAAUCAGAGAGCAAGAUCAAGAAAAAUGGUUAAACAGCAAAAAUUAGGACCAGUCAUCACGUUCAGCCUCCCAUUUAAGCUGUUUGAGACCUUUGGAAGAAAGAGAAGAAAGAUGAGCCCAAGACACUGGACACU